AUGCACGCCGUCGUCGCCCCCGCGCCGACGCCGCCCCGCGCGGCGGCGCCGCUCCGCCGCCGCGCGACUCGCCGCGCGCCCGCCGCCUCCCCCCCCGCGCGCCUCGCCGUCGUCGUCCGCGCCGAGGCCGCGAAGGACGCCGCGAAGGACGCCGUCACGAUCACGCGCGCGUGGCACUGCCCUCCGCCGGACGCACCGCGCGAGACGAAGCAAGCGGCGAGCACGCUGUCGAAGCUCCCGCCGCACGUCUUGGACGCGGGCGGGCUGGACCCGUCGACGCAGUCGCCGCAGAAUCAGACCGCGUACCUGGGGUCGCUCGCGGAGCGCUUCCUGCCCGUCGAUCUUGGGCGCGACGGCGUGCGCGUGCUGUGCGUCGAUCCGCCCAUCUUCGCGGUCGCGAACUUCGUCCCGGCGUCGACGUGCGACGCGCUCGCGAAGCUGACGAAGGGCGCGAAGGCGUUCGGCGGCGGCGUCGCGAACGCGAAGCGCGUCCAAGAGCUGGCCGCGGCGCUGCCCGCGCCGAUCGCGGACGGCAUGCCCGCGCUCGUGCAGGUGUUGAGCGAGCUGACGGAUGACGCCAGAGAUCUGAUUCGAUGCGACGGCGCGUGGCUCGAGGGCGCCGCCGCGACGCGAUGGGCGGACGGCGGGUUCUCCGCGCCGCCGCCGGAGGGCGCGUUCGCGUUCGAGAUGCCCGCGCUGUGCGUCGUGAGCAAAGGGAAGGAGACCGCGGAGCUGCCGGACGCGUUCGAGCCGACGAAGUGGCUCGACCUGUACCUCAGCGUCGGGCUGGGCGAGGGCGGGAUCAAGCCGCCGGUGACGAUGGCGGACGUGACCGUCGAGGGCACGGUGGAGAAGAUCGGCGAGGAGGGCAACGUCGGCGCGAGCGCGAGAGAGUUGAACCGGCAGGCGUGGCGCGCGAACGUGUCGUCGGGCGACGACGUCGGCGGCGACGUCGGGGGGGCGACGGAUGAGGCGAAGAAGAAGCUCGAGGAGCUCGAGGAGGGGAUGGCGGGCGAAAGUAAAAGUCCUUAA